UACAAACCGCACUGGCAGCCAAAGGGUUAAUACUUGCACUUUAAAAUAUAUAUAUUUUUUAUAUCAGUUUGUAACGUUAUUUUUUUUUAAGGUGCAUUUUGAAUUUAUUUUUUUUUAGACAUUUAGAUUAGGAGAUAAAAUGAGUGCAGGUUUUGCAACAUAUGCUGAGAGGGUUGUGGGGAUAUUAUAAUGAUGUUGUGUUAUAUUGUGUCAGUGAACAAAGGGGGCAAAGUGCAUUCAUGAUAGCUGUUUGUAUGGGGACCAGUUUAUACCAGAAGCUGAACUGGAUCAUUAGCUGGGAAGGAGGAUCAGGAGGACGUUACCUUGUGAUGCAGAAUGAAGAUGAACGCAGAGAUGAAGAGACCUAAACAUUUUAGAAGGUGCAGACCCCCUGAUUGAGGAGUUUGUGUUCUGCCUGUACCUGCUGCGGUGUCACAUGUCACUUCAGUUUAUAUUCUUUACUACUAACUACAACUAUGAUAACUGUAACAGAGCUCAAGUUUUUGUCCGACGCUCAAUCAUCAUAUCACAUCCUAAAGCCAUGGUGGGACGUGUUUUGGUAUUACAUCACAAUGGUUAUGCUGAUGAUUGCAGUUCUGGCGGGCGCUCUGCAAAUCACACAAAGCAGAAUGUUAUGCCUCCCCUGUAAGGCAGAAGUAGACAAUCAAUGUGCGCACCCUCUGGAACAAAUCAUAGCAAAGAUCAACUUCUCAGCUCCUUUAGUAGCAAAAAUUCCUACUGGAAUCCAGAAUGACCUUCACAGACAACAAUAUGCCUAUAUUGAUGCAGUAUGCUAUGAAAAACGGCUUCAUUGGUUUACAAAGUUCUUCCCCUAUCUGGUUUUUCUACACACUAUAAUUUUUGCAGUUUGCAGUAAUUUUUGGCUUCACUACCCUAGUACAAGUUCCCGACUAGAACACUUUGUAGCCAUUCUCUACAAAUGCUUUGAUUCUCCAUGGACAACGAGGGCUUUGUCAGAGACAGUUGCUGAACAAACUGUAAGGACUCAGCAUCACAAAAGGUCCCGUCUCUUGACGAUGUCCACUUCCAAUGCUGAAGAACUAGAAUCUAGAAAACAGUCUCUUCAGCCUGGAGUGGAACCCUCAGCAAUAGAAGAUGAUGUCUCUAAUGUCCUGGACAAAAAGGAAGGCGAACAAGCAAAGGCUCUGUUUGAGAAAGUCAGAAGAUUUCGGCUCCACGUUGAACAAAAGGACAUUAUAUACAGAUUGUAUAUGAAACAAAUUGUUGUUAAGGUGAUUGUCUUGAUCGUGAUUGUUUCUUAUGUAUCUUACUUUUUGAUGCAUAUAACAUUCGAAAUUGACUGCGUAGUUGACAUUGAAGCAUUCACUGGAUAUAAAAGAUACCAGUGUGUCUACUCUCUAGCUGCAAUUUUUAAACUUUUGGCUACGUUUUAUGUAUUCCUGGUGUUAUUGUAUGGGUUUGCCUGCUGUUACAGUUUGUGGUGGAUGUUAAGAAGCUCCCUUAAACAAUAUUCUUUUGAAGCAGUAAGAGAAAAAAGUAAUUAUAGUGAUAUCCCUGAUGUCCAAAAUGACUUUGCCUUCAUCCUACACUUAGCAGAUCAGUAUGACCCACUUUAUGCUAAACGUUUCUCCAUAUUUUUAUCAGAGGUGAGCGAGAACAAGCUGAAGCAGAUAAAUCUCAACAACGAAUGGACGGUAGAUAUGCUUAGAAAUAAAUUAACACGUAAUGCCAAGGAUAAAGUGGAGCUUCAUCUUUUUAUGUUGUGUGGGUUGCCGGACAAUGUUUUCGAACUAAAUGAGAUAGAAGUCUUAGUGUUAGAACUCAUUCCAGAUGCCAAACUUACGCCAGUGAUAACCCAACUGGUCAACCUCAAGGAACUUCGGGUUUACCAUUCAACCCUUACGGUAGAUCUGCAAGCACUUAGCUUUCUAGCUGAGAAUCUAAAAAUAUUACAUUUGAAAUUCACUGCUAUGGAAAAGAUCCCAUCUUGGGUUUUCCACUUAAAAAACUUGAAGGAACUGUACAUUGCAGGAUCUCUUGACAGUUACAACAAUACAAGUAUUGAAGGCCUUCAAGAUUUGAAGAAUCUAGCAUCACUUUACUUAAAGAGCAGUCUUCCACGUAUUCCUAAGGUGGUUAUAGAUAUGCUACCAUCAUUGGAAAAGCUGACAAUUAACAAUGAAGGAAACAGAUUAAUGGUAUUGAUAUGUCUAAAAAAAAUGAUAAACCUCACAAGUUUGGAAUUAAUCAACUGUGACUUAGAACGAAUCCCACAUGCUAUUUUCAGUUUAACAGAACUGAGGGAAAUUGACUUCAGAGGAAACAAUUUUAAAACUGUGGAAGAGAUCAUUAGCUUUCAGCAUUUACCGAAAUUGAUGUGUUUAAAGUUGUGGCACAAUUCCAUUGCCUAUAUACCAUUACAGAUUGGGGCAUUAUCAAACCUGGAACAGCUCUACUUAAAUCACAAUAACAUUGAAAUUGUUCCGCUUCAGCUAUUUCUUUGUAACAAGCUCCGGAUCUUGGAUUUAAGUUAUAACAACUUAACAUUCAUCCCAGAAGAAAUUCAACUAUUGAAAAACCUACAGUAUUUUGCUGUAACAAAAAACAGCAUGGAGAUACUUCCAGAGGGGCUGUUUAAAUGCAACAAACUUCAGUAUUUACUGGUGGGAAAGAAUAACUUGUUCAGCCUUUCUCCUCUGGUUGGGGAACUGAUGCACCUUAUUAAAAUAGAACUCAUUGGAAAUCAGAUCGAAUUUCUUCCCCCGGAGUUGGAAUCGUGCCAGGCCCUAAAACUGAACAAUAUAAUUGUGGAAAAUAAUGUGCUACGUACUCUCCCCUCUUGUAGAAAGGAGGAUUCAAAACCUUCUCAAAGAUAAGACACGUUUGAUCUGUUUAUUUCAAAGGCAGAAGUUGAGCAGAUAGUUAGAUGACACCCAUACAGACUAGUAUAUGUUUUAUAAGCAUAACAAAUGAGUUUACCGCUUAACAAAGCAUUAGAUCGCUUAAUAAAAGGAAACUGGCAAUGUGAGGCGUUAUUCAUAUUCAUACUAAUCUGCACCAUCUUAUUAAUUGUUAGUUGGUGUUGGUCUGCUGCUUCCCUGUGCAAAUCAAUUAACCAGAUUGUCAAUCAAUUUAUUAAAGUGAUGAUAAAGUUCCCAAUUUGUAUAAUUAGAUCCAGAAUAGAAACGAUACUUUAGCUGGACAUGAAUUCAUCCAUUCUAAUGAAGAUACGCUAUAACUUACUUUUUAAUGUAGCGAUGACAUUGUAAUACCCUGUGCUCUGGCCACCCAUUUCAAAUGUAAUUACUUUGUGAGCUGUUUAAACCGUUUUCUAAUCGGUACUCUAGCCGCAAAAAAUAAAUAAAUGUGUGAGUGCCGUAUGGCUAGAACACCAAUUGGAGAACAGCUCACACACAAAAAAUACCUUGAAACGGGCAGCCAGCCCACGGCAUGGAGUAUUAGAAUUUUAUUGCUAUAUUAAAAAGUAAAUUAUAGCGUAUCUUCAAUAGAAUGGAUGAAUUAAAG